CGUCAUCUUGAGGAGUUCUUCGGACAAAAUAUACCGCCGUAUGCCAUCCUCUCACAUACCUGGGAAGAGCAAGAGCUAUCGUUCAAGGAAUAUUACAAUCCUAAGGCCCACCUCAGGCACCCCAAAUCGGCGGCAAAACUUUUCAGGACCUGCGAGCGAGCGAUUCAAGAUGGAUACGAGUUUGUGUGGGUUGAUUCGUGCUGCAUCGAUAAAAGCAGCAGUGCGGAGCUUAGCGAGGCGAUCAAUUCCAUGUUCAAGUGGUACGGGGCCGCCCGGCGGUGUUACGCGUAUCUAAGCGACUUUGACUUCGACGAGCUCCGUGGUGACGAUCAACCGAUAGCAGCGUCGCUUAAUGCGAAAAGAGUAUUGUCUAAAUGCAGAUGGUUCUACAGAGGUUGGACGUUGCAGGAGCUUCUUGCACCCAGGGAUGUCUGGUUCUUCGAUUGCCACUGGAGAUAUUUUGGGUCACGACUUCAAAUCAGUAGCAUCCUUUCAGAGAUCACAACGAUCCCGGAACCUGUCUUUAAGACAACAAUGUCUCGGCGAUACAGCGAAUAUUCUAUUGCACAGAGAAUGUCUUGGGCAGCUGGGCGGCAAACCACGAGAGAGGAAGACAUCGCUUAUUGUCUCUUUGGGAUCUUCCACGUCAAUUUGCCUCUCCUGUACGGCGAAGGAGGCGAAAGAGCUUUCAUUCGGCUUCAAGAAGAAAUCAUGAAAGAAAGCAACGACCUAACAUUGUUUGCCUGGUCGAGCGAAGGCGAGCAAUGCUGUCGGGGUCUCCUCGCUCGGUCACCACGCGAAUUUGCGUCCGCUGGAGACAUACACUCCAAGACAGACGUGAAUAAGAACCCCGAGUUCACUCUCACCAACAAGGGUCUACGGAUUGAGACCUCAAUC